AUGGUAUGUGAAGGAGUCGCAGUUAGUGGUAGAUGUGGUUUUGUAGUGCUCGGGAAUGAGUUACGGUUGCACUUUUUGAAAAAUGAGAACCUAGUUUGGGUGGGCCGGGGUAUGAAGCCAUGGCUAUUGGAGAAGGGAUUAUGCUUCUACCGGAUAGAGAUCCCAUGGCUUUGGAGUGAGAAAGGGCAUAUGGGAGCAUGGUAUAUGGGGAAGAAGUUGAUCCGAGAGAUUAUGGAGGCUUUGUGGCUUGGGCUUAAUGGGCCAAAAGGAGGUUGUUGGGUCGGGUUUAAUGAGCUGGAGUUGUUUUGUGUGUUAGCAAGAGAGGAAGUAAGUGGACGAGAGAAGUACUGUGGACUUGAAUUGAAGGAUGGUGGCCUAAUUACGUAUCGAAAGGGAAUGUGUAGAGCCCUUGUCAAGCGGAUCGACAUGGAGAAUAUCCUAUGA